AUGACGUACUUAUGGUAUUCCCAAAAAAAUGAAGGGAUUGAGCAACUAAGUCGCAUUCAACCGUUGACUACUUCGAUGAAAGUUACUUAUAGGAUUGGUAAAGCAGCUGAAAAACUUGGUAUCUCUGAUCGUGUUUCCUUAGUACGAAAAGUAUCAGGGUUGUCUCGUCGAGUAAAAAAUAAAAAAGACGAUGCUGGUGUUAAAAUUGAAGAUAUUCUGAUUGAAAAUGUUCCUGUUCGAAUUGCCCGUCCAAAAAACCAGAAUGGAAACUUACCAGCCAUCGUUUUCUUUCAUGGCGGUGCUUUCUAUAUGGGAUCUGUAGACACGCACAAUUCACUCACAAGUGGCCUCGCAAGAUUAGCAAACGUUGUCGUAGUUUCCGUUGAUUAUCGUCUUGCUCCUGAACAUCCAUUUCCAGCUGGUCUUGAAGACUGUUACACUGUUACCAAGCAUAUUCUUGAACAUGGCAACUCGAGCAAAUUUCGAAUAGAUACAAAUCGUGUCGCCGUUGCUGGUGACUCAGCUGGUGGAAAUUUCGCAGCUGUAAUUGCAAUGCGUUUUGCUAGUCAAACUACCAGUGAACGUAAACCACGUCUUCAGAUUCUUAUUUAUCCUGUAUUACAGUUUGUCGAUAUGAUGCUCCCUUCUUAUAGACAAAAUCAUUUUGAAAUCUUUCCAUACACUGUUGAUCAUACAUUAACAGCUUAUUUUGGCAAGAAGGUUGACAAGUCGAUCUAUGUUAACAAUCACUUGAGUGUGGCACAGAAGAAAAAAUAUCGGAAAUAUGUGGAUUGGUCGUUGAUACCAGCACGAUAUCGGACAGUUUAUCAGAAGCCACUAACAGAUGAGAAGGGAGGCGACCCAAAAUUGAUCGAAAAUGCUGAAUUAGUCCUCAAUCCCGAAGUGUCUCCUUUACUUGCUGAUGAUGAAAGUUUAGCAAAAUUACCAUCUACUUAUUUGUUGAGUGUUGGUCACGAUCGUUUACGCGAUGAAGCAUUCAUCUACGAAGGUCGUCUUAGACAAAAUGGUGUGCCAGUUGUACACAAUCAUUAUAAACAUAUCUUUCACGGAUCAAUUGGUUUUCUACAUGGAGCAUUUGCAUUAGAUAUUGCUAGGAAAAUGCUUAAUGAUGUAGUGAACUACAUCAAUGAAAAUCUAUGA